AAGAGGGGCAGAAAGAAGUCACAGAUGGCCAGCAACAAUACCACCAGCAUCGCGCAAGCCAGGAAACUGGUGGAACAGCUCAAAAUGGAAGCAAAUAUUGACAGAAUAAAGGUGUCUAAAGCAGCCGCGGACUUGAUGGGCUAUUGCGAAGCUCAUGCCAAGGAGGACCCCUUAUUGACCCCGGUUCCUGCCUCGGAAAACCCCUUCCGGGAGAAGAAGUUUUUCUGCACCAUUCUGUAAACCUCACGGGAGCCCAGCUCUGACGUGGGGCCACCCUGGACAAUGAUGUAGAGAUUUUUUUUUUUCCGGCGGCGCGGACUCGUUUCCGGAGUCCGCCCAGUUUCAAAAGAACCGAGCGGCCCGGGCGUUGACAGGGGAAAGCAUGUUCCAAGAGAAAAGGGCCUCCGUCGUCGGAGCUCGUGGGGUUGAGCUGUCCUCAGCAGGCUACAGAUCUUGACGGCUGCAGAGUCGCCUGGAGAGGGAGGGGGGAAAUAAUGUGUCAGAGAGUCGAUUUAAUGUC